AUGUCCUUCGCCGGCGUCUCUUUCAUAUCGGAUGGCGAGACGACGCCGUGUUCUUCUCCGGCCAACAAUGGCGCCGCCGCCGGCAGCACGUACGGGUAUCACCUUCUUGUUAUCAGUAACUACUCUCACACCAAGGAAACCAUCUCCACUGGCGACUCCAUCGAGUCCGGCCAGUUCAUGCUAGGAGGCCACACUUGGCACGCCGAGUACUGCCCCAAUGGCGACGACUCGACCAACUCCGACUGCGUGUCCUUCUGGCUCGUCCGUGACGACGAUGACGACGACGACGACGAUGGCGACGACGCCGUGAAGGUGCAGCCGCUGAAGGUCAAGUUCGAGUUCAGCUUCGCCGAGCAGGCGGCCAAGCACGAGGCGAGGCGCGUGCUCGUGUCCAUGGCGUGCGACUUCUCCGGCACCUCCGGCUGGUGCGACACGCGGUUCGUGCGGAGGGAGGUGUUGGAUGUUUAG